ACACUCACACACACACAGAGACAAACUCCAAAAACUCUCCCUCAGACGUGGAGCCUUGGCGGUUCGACAGAGAGGUACCGGCUGUUGCAGCUCAUAAGGAAGGAGAGCCUGGAUGGAGAGCCAGUGCCCUGACAGCAUCCCUGUGCACUGAGCAGAGAGACACCAGCAGCCUGGAGUUCACCAUGGAGUUUGGGAGAGUUUGGUCCAGAUACCAGCGGACAGUGCUGAUCACAAUGAUGAUGGUCAAACUGGGCCUAUUGUGCACGGCGGCAGCAGACAAGUGCUUAUCAUCUCCCUGCAACAAUGGUGGAACAUGCCACGACAUUCAGGGUGGCUAUGUGUGUUUGUGCCCCAAAGGACCCAUGUGGUACAUGGGCAAACGUUGUGACGAGCUGUUUGAUGCCUGUGUCUUUGCUACUUGCACCAACUGUACCAGCGUGCCCGGGACAGACCAGUUCACCUGCCACUGCCCGGAUGGCUUCACAGGAAUCAAAUGUGACCAGGAUGUAGACGAAUGCCAGAGCAACCCCUGCAGCGGUGUCAGGUCCUUCUGUGUCAAUAGAGUCAAUGGAUAUUCCUGCCACUGUCCUAUUGGACUGGGAGGGGAGGACUGCCAAGAUAACGUGACCACUUGCUUAGUGGAAACAUGUCAGAACGGUGGCACCUGUAUGGAUGUCCCUGAUACAGGGCACCAGUGUGACUGUGUCGCUGGGUACCGGGGUAAAAACUGUGAGGAGAAUAUGGACGAGUGCCAGUCUGAUCCCUGUCAGAAUGGAGCCAUCUGUAAGGACGGAGUCAACAGCUACCAGUGUUUCUGCGUGCCUGGAUUUCAGGGUUACCACUGUGACUUGGACAUCAACGAGUGUGCUUCUCAACCCUGUCAAAACAACGGCACGUGUCUCGACGAGGUGGACCACUACUUGUGUGAUUGCGCUCCAGGUUUUAAAGGGAUAAACUGUGAGGUGGAAAUCAAUGAGUGUGAGGUCCACCCCUGUCAGAAUGGUGCCACCUGUAGAGACCACAUCGCCACGUACUCAUGUGACUGCAUCAAUGGCUUCCAGGGCCGAGACUGCGAGGUCAACAUCGAUGAAUGUGCCAGUUUGCCCUGUCUAAACAAAGGAAAGUGCAUAGAUGGAGUCAAUAGCUACAAGUGUGACUGUGAGAAGACCGGCUUUGUAGGGGAGCACUGUGAGAUGGACAUCCCUGAAUGUGCAUCCAACCCCUGCCAGCACGGAGCCACGUGUUUAGAGGGAAUCAACCAGUACCAGUGCCUCUGCUGGACAGGAUAUGAAGGAGAAAACUGCCAGGUGGAUAUAAAUGAGUGUGACCAACAUCCUUGUGAAAAUGGUGGCGAGUGUUUCCAGAUGUCACAUGUCCUGAACUACCUAAUGCUUCCUGAACUCAGCACGCUCAAUUUUAGUUAUGAAGCAGCAGCUGGUUUCAUCUGCCACUGUCUGGCUGGAUUUACAGGAGACAACUGUUCAGUUAAUGUGGACGAGUGUGAGUCUUCUCCAUGUCAGCAUGGAGGAAGCUGCCAGGAUUUGGUCAACUCCUAUCAAUGUGUGUGUCCAGAUGGUUUCAAAGGUAUACACUGUGAGGUGGACAUCAACGAGUGUGACAGCAAUCCUUGUCAGAAUGGAGCAAUAUGUGAAGAUGCUGCCAACUCUUACAGGUGUCACUGCCCCAUGCCAGAAAGAGGUCAGGAACCCUGGGGUGGACAGGACUGUGACGUCAGGCUGGUUGGCUGUCAGCAGCAUCAGUGUCAGCAUGAGGCAAGGUGCAUUCCUAUUCUGACUAAUAACAAUCAACACAGCUACCACUGUCUGUGUACACCUGGAUGGACCGGAGAACGCUGCAACACCUCAACCACCUUCUCCUUCAACAUGGAGGGCUAUGUCCACAUGCAGUUGCCUGUCGUCAAGAACAGAACAAAACGUGAGGUCAGCAUUAAAAAUCAUGGUCUCCACAUGCAGCUUCGAUUCAGGAGUACUCUACCAAACAUGGUGUUGUAUUAUCGGGGCACCAGGGAACGCUUUGUCUCACUUGAGCUUGUUGACGGCUCCCUUUUGGCCAGGGUAAAAUCAGGGAAUACACUGCAGGCCAGAUACCCUGGCCUGGUCCACAGUGGAGAAUGGUACCAAGUGAGUGUGGCCAUGGAUGAGAGGUUGGUUCUCACUGUCAGGGGACCUGAUUGUGAAGAAGGAUGCCAAGUUAAGACCGAAGGUCAUAACCAUUUGAUUUUUCUGCAACCCAGCUUCUUUCAACAACUUUUUAUUGGAGGAGCACCUCAGGAAUAUUCCAACAAAUUAUCCAGUAGAAAGGGAUUUAUUGGCUGUAUGGAAGAUCUGGAAGUUGACCACAAACUGCUGCUGCCUCAGGACCUUAUGAGGGAGGAGUAUAAAGGCUUAGAACUUGGAUGUUACAAAAAAGACUGGUGUUACGAUGAGGACUGUUUGGACCAUGGAACGUGUGUGGACAUGUGGGUUCGUGCUAGCUGUGACUGUCAUCGACCCUACUAUGGAGAACACUGUGAAAAAGAAUACCAGUCAUGGACAUUUGGCUAUGAGAACACCACCAGUUACGCCUCCUUCAAUGUCUCGAGCAACCAUGGAGAAAACUUUACUCUUUCCUUUUUAAUGCGCUCCCUCAAGCGUAAUGGACUGCUGUUGCAGUUCCAUCGAGAAGAAAAGCCCUACAUGACCAUUUACCUAAAAGAAAGCACUGUUGCCGUCUACAGCUUUCACACCACACUCCUGUCAGAAGCCAAGUUAGUCACCGAUGGCAGCAAUCAUUUGGUGACCAUAGAGGUUAAUUAUGGACAUGUCGUAUUUCCUAAAGCAGGGAAUAAUCGAGCCUUGGGGUAUGUGAGUGUGGAGGCAGGAGAUGAAGUGUUUGUAGGAGGGCUUCCUGCAGGCAAGAGCAACAUGAAUGCCUGGGGUGGAAACUUCAAGGGCUGCCUGCAGGACAUUCGACUGGAUGGCAAUCAAGUCAUUUUUGGGAGUGGUAAAGAAGGCUUGGAGGUUUACCAGGGAAUCUCUGAAAACCUGUUGCAAGGAUGUAACAGUGACAACACAUGCAAGGACAACCCCUGUAUUAAUAACGGAGAAUGCCAAGUCACCUGGAAUGACUUCAAGUGUUCCUGCCCCAUUAACUUCUCUGGUCCGCUGUGUGAAACACGUUUGUGGUGUGUCGACAAGCCCUGUUUCGAUGGAGCACAAUGUGUAGAACUAAAGGAUGGAUAUGAAUGUUUAACAGAGGCCAUUUUUCAGGACAAUUCUAUCCAAUAUGUAGCCAACAGCUCCCUGUUGGAGCCUGUGACCAAUAUCACCAUGGACAUACGAACACGAGACGAAAACGGAAUCCUGUUGCGGGCUGAAGGCAAAGCUCAGAUCUUCUGCCUAGGAAUAUUAAACUUCAGCCUGCUGCUCAAACUAGACAGUGGACCUGGUGAGGAGCUACUGGCCUUUACAAGUGACAGAACCAUUGCAGAUGGGGCAUGGCACCACAUUCAGCUCAGCAUGGUGGACCCCUCACAGCCAGUAUCUUUCUGGCAGCUCACAGUAGAUGGGCAGAGAGCUGGUAGGAGCUUUGGUGUUGGUGGCAACCUUAACUUCCUUAAUGACAGUGAAAUCUGGUUGGCAACAAAAUACACCGGAUGCAUAGGGGAGGUGAGAGUGGGUGGAAUCUACCUGCCGCUCAAAAAGGUACCAGAUACACCUCAACAGAGCCAGUUCUCAAGACUCAGUGGACAUGAGCCAAUCAUCGGAUGCCAAGGUGCUCCAGUUUGUGAUUCUCAACCCUGUCUCAACCAAGGCAUGUGCCAAGACCAGUUUAAUGAGUUUAACUGCAGCUGCAGCCCAGGAUGGGGGGGAGAGUUGUGUGAGACAGAAAUAAAUGAGUGUUUGUCAGCUCCUUGCAUCUAUGGUACAUGUAAAGACCUCCAGGCAGAGUACCAAUGUGACUGCGAACCUGGAUACAAAGGGAGGAACUGUCAGGAUGAAGUGGAUAAUUGCCUGCAGUUUAACUGUUUGAAUGGGGGAAACUGUGUGAAAACUGCCGACACUUACACAUGUGCAUGUCCUUCAGGCUACAUCGGCAAGCGCUGUCAGUGGAGAUUCCCUCCAGUGGCGUGUGAUUCAGACAGAAAGUGUCUGAAUGGAGGCGUUUGUAUUGGAGGUGAAUCUGGAGGCAACUGCACCUGUAGGCCUGGAUACACAGGUGCCAGGUGUGAGACAGAAAUAGACGAGUGCGAAUCCAGUCCCUGUCAAAAUGGUGCGACCUGUCUGGACCGACUUAACCACUUUCAGUGUGUGUGUGUCCUAGGCUUUAGUGGCAAGCUGUGUGAGAGCAAGAAAGAUGGACGUGCGGAGCGGGUUCCCUGGCUGGCAGUGACCAUCCCCCUCACCACCUUAUGUGUGUUAUUAGCCAUCCUGACCAUGUUUUUCCUCGCCAUGACAGCACGCAAGAAGCGUCAGUCGGAGGGCACGUACAGCCCCAGCUCUCAGGAGGUUGCUGGUGCCAGGUUGGAAAUGGGCAGUGUCCUCAAAGUGCCUCCAGAGGAGAGGCUGAUCUGAGACCAGAAAGCUUUGGCUCACAUUCUUACAUCCAAAGGAUGCAUACU